AUGGAAGAUAAUUUCGGAGCCUUUUACACCCCAGUGUUAAAAGGCGUUGACGGGAAUUAUGAAAGUUUUCUACCUCAAAGUAUGCUGAACGAGCUUCCGUACACUGGAUUUUACAACGACCAGACUAUGACAACUGAUAAUGUGUCAACUUCAGGAGCCUUCCAGUCAGGAAACUCAAACAUGAGCAGGCAAACAACCUUGAAACAGCCGUUUUCACCACAAGUUUUGAGCCAACAAAAUUCGUUUGUUCCUCUUUUCCCUCAAACUCCAUAUUCAAGAGGACUAAACCUGUUCAAACGCACUAACUCGUCUCAAUAUAGGCGUAAUUCUAGUCCAUUUGGGAGGUCAAGGUACAUUAAAAGAAAUCUUAGUAACAGUACUUCAAAGUCUAACCAGUCAAAUGGAUUUCAGAAUCCCAUUUUUGACACAGUUAAUUACUUUAACUCAAUACCUUUUAACAGUCUUAAUAACAUGAACCAAUUGAAUAACAUGAAUCAAUUGAAUGUUAAAGAAAUGGGUUCAUAUCAGUAUAGUAAUGCUUCAACUAAUGUUUCAAGGAUUAACAGUGUGAAUGAGAUGAGUCGGAACGGAGUAAAUAAUUCGAUUAGAAAUUCAUUUAAACUAAGGCCUAGAAAAUCAAAAAGAAACCCAAACGUACAAAAGGGAUCUCCAUUAAACAGAGCUUUUAACAAGGUUUUAACACAAGGAUUUAGCUCAAUCAACAGUAAUUUUGGGACUAGUAACAGUGACAGUGAAAAUUUUGAUGUUAAUGACGCUGUAAAAUUCUUCGAAGGACUGGUUAUGUUUGUUUUGGGCAUUUUGAGGACAAUUUUCGGUGAGUUGAGGUCAGACGUGAUAAUGGGAAUGUUUGACGGUGAAGACCCAGACUACAACGCAGCACGGUCCUAUUACUAUUCAAACAUGGACGAGAAGUUCAAGUGUUCAGGACUCACACAGAGGAUUGAUUACACAGAAGCUAUUGAAAACGAGUACAAAAGGAAGAAAACCGUAGUUGAAUUGAGAGUUGAAGAAGCUCCAGAGUAUGUAAACCCUCAUAACACCGACUUCAUGAACAUGACGGAAAAGGAAUUUGAAGAAUUCCUACUCAGCCAAGCUUUCCCAAACAAUCCUCUCUCGGUAUACUAUUAA